AUGUCCUCUCCUCUCAGCCUUGGGGCCUCAGCGGCUUCCUGCGCGGUCGCGGUCUUGCUGUCAAUUCCCCACGGCCACACUCUCAUUACCCGCUUUCGAUGCGACAAGUCGUACACAUUGACCGAUACAGACAGCGACGAUGUUAUUACCACUGGAAAAUAUCCACGGUCGCUGGCGCAGCGCGUCUGUCUUGUUGCGGUUGGCGUUGUAGCGGUUACCACCGCCUUAUGUUCGUUGAUGAGCAGAACAAUCACGAUACCCCAGGUCCUUCAAUGCAUAUCAUGGGUGGUUAUUCUUUUCCAAAAUCUUGUCAUCUUGCGCAGUCGAAAUCCCAUGGACAGGUAUAACCUGGGAUGGUAUACUGCCUUAGCGACUCUCGUAACGGCGAUAUCCGUUUCUUUGCCGUAUGCUCUGGCGCUUUACAAUGGAGAGCAUCUACCUACACCUGGUGCCCAUCAUGCCGCGACAAUUGUCCAGCUCUUGGUGGCGGUGAUUUUGUUCCUCGUCAACCUAUCCCUGCCACGAGGGCCAACAAUCUACCGCGACGGCCGCCCCAUUGACGCCCAAGACUCCGUUUCCUUCCUCAACCGAUACACCUUCUUCUGGGCAUACCGAACAAUGUCGCUCGCGAUGAAAAAAGGAAAGCUGGAUCCGGAAGAUCUCCCGCUCGUUCCUGAAGAGGCCCGCGCACAGACUCUCACCGACAGGUUCCUCUCCGCCGACCCAACGUCUGUCCGGUGGCGCAAGUGGAUGAAGCUUUACUGGCGGCCUGCUGUAUUACAGGUGACUAUCCAGCUUACCGCUGCCGUGGUGGGCUUUUUGCCGAACAUACUGUUGCUCACCAUACUGCGACUAUUCGAGGACCGCGAUGCCGGCGCGGACAAUCAACUUCAACUGUGGUUGACUGCUCUGGGCCUGGGCUCGGCCAUGAUUGCAAACUCGUGGCUGAUCGCUCUCCGAGAUUUUAUCGCUGACUUGAAGAUCUCACUCCCUAUCAACCAGCAGCUCAUUGCUGUCGUAUCGAAGAAAUCGUUGGGCCUGAAGGACGUGGCAGUUCCAGCACGCGAUAACAGCAGCGACGAUAGCGAGGACGAAGAAGAUGACGGCGACGAGAAACCUCCGCAAUCAAAACAUUCCAUCUUGAAUCUCCUUGGCGUUGACGUCGAGAAAGUGUCUGGUUUCAUCGCCUACAGCCAUCUCCUGCUCGACUGCGUAGUCGACUCCAUCCUCACAUCCGCGUUCCUGGUGUAUCUGAUGGGCUGGAAGGCGACAGCGGCUGGCUGCAUUAUCCCGGUCCUCCUGGUACCCUUUUACUACAGCAUAACAAAGCGCUACAGCGAGAAAGAACAAGCCCUGAUGGAGCGCCGCGACGAGAAAUCCGCCUCGCUGACGGAAAUGAUCCACGGGAUCCGGCAGAUCAAGUUCAGCGCCCUCGAGGCAGAAUGGUUCAACAAGAUCCAGAAGCUGCGAGGGAAAGAACUGCGCGAACAAAAGGCCGUCUUUUGGAUGAACAUCGUCCUCAAUGGGAUGUACACGCUUGUUCCAAUUUUCAUGAGCUGCUUCUCUAUUGCAGCUUAUGUUUACCUGAACGGGAGUAUAUCUCCGUCUACUGCCUUUACAGCGCUGUCGCUUUUUGAUACACUGCGGAACACGAUUUGUAUCCUUCCUGAGGUUGUGACUGAGCUUCUGGAUGCGAAGGUUAGUCUAGGGCGGAUUGCAAGAUUCUUGGGCUUGGAGGAUCAUGCCGAUGGGAGGGUGGCUGAUUAUGGAGACGGAAAUGGAAUGACCUUCGACAACGCGACCAUUGCGUGGCCGUCCAAUCGCGAGAAUACAAAAGACGAGGUCGAAGGCGCGGAGACAUUCCUACUCAAGGAACUCAAUCUCAGUUUUCCGUCCCAAGCGCUGAGUAUUAUUUCCGGCCGCAGCGGCGCUGGCAAGUCACUACUCCUUCAAGCACUUAUUGGCGAAGCGGACGUCGUCAAGGGCAAUGUCGUCGUUCCUCUUCCUAAAGCCGAUGCUGGCCCUUCUUCUACAGACGACUGGCUUGUUAGAGGGUCGGUCGCGUACGUCUCUCAAGACCCAUGGAUCGAAAACGCGACGAUUCGUGACUCAAUCUUGUUCGGCCUUCAGUUCAAUCCUGCUCGAUACGAGGAAGUGCUACACGCUUGUGCGCUCCGACCCGAUCUGAAUAUCUUCCCAGAUGGCGAUAAAACCGAUAUUGGCGCCAACGGAAUCAACCUCAGUGGUGGUCAGAAGUGGCGGCUGGCAUUGGCGCGGGCCCUCUACAGCCGAGCAAGCAUUCUCGUGCUUGAUGACAUCUUUAGCGCUGUUGAUGCUCAUGUUGGUCAACAUUUAUACGAGAAUGCAUUGACAGGGAGCUUGGCUGAAGGGAGAACCAGGGUGUUGGCCACGCAUCAUGUGAGGCUAUGUCUGCAGAGCGCUGCAUAUGUUGUCAAAUUGGACAACGGACGCGUUGUUCACGCACGACACCAAGAUACCUCUGAAGAAGUCGCCCCCGAGACUACAGAUAGUUCUCAGGCACCGAGCAGAGCGGGCUCACCAGAUCCAAUUAAGCCAAUCCGCCGAGAAUCAGUUUCAGUUUCAGCGACCAAGAAGUUCUAUGAGGAAGAGAAGCGCGAGACUGGUGUCAUCAAGGCCAAGGUGUACAAUGCAUACAUCGACGCAUCUGGGGGCUAUAGUCCUUGGCUAGUAACAGCAGCCUUCCUGAUUAUCUUGCUUCUGCUCAAUCUCGCGAUCCCUUACUGGGUGUCCAUCUGGACAAGAUCGUACGAGACAGACAGAGAUAAAGGUGACACACUGUUUGCACAAUCCGGCGACAUGAUUGACUUGUCCCCGAUCGCAGUAUCGUCACCUAUCCUUGAUACGCGGCUAAUCUUCUACGGCUCCAUCUACAUUGGUAUUUCGCUUGGCGCCUGGAUUCUGGAGGUAAUCCGCAUCGGCAUUAUCCUCCAUAGCUCGCUCAAGGCAUCCAAGACCAUGUUCGAACAGUUUACCACGACAAUCCUUCACGCGCCAAUGCGUUUUCUGGAUACAACGCCUGUCGGUCAGAUCCUGAACAGAUUCACAUCCGACUUUGGUACCCUAGACUCGGAUAUCGCGCUUGACCUCGCAUACCUGCUCCACGAUGUGACGACGGUCCUAGCUGUGAUUGUCGCCGCCACUGUCACCUCUCCUCUUAUUGUCGGUCUAGGUAUUCUUUCUCUGGGCGCUUCCUGGAUUAUUGGGUACAUCUACGUGACUGGAGCACGCGAAGCGAAGCGACUACAAAGCAUAGCAAAGUCGCCAAUCUUCGACCUAGUCGGCUCGCUCCUAACAGGCCUCCCUACGAUCCGAGCUUUCGGACGCGAGCAGGCGUACCUAAAGCGGAUGUACGAUCUCAUUGACACCUACUGCCAGGCCCUCUGGCACAGAAAGCUCUUCGCUUCAUGGCGGGCGAUUUGGCUCAGCGCGGUUGGAGCUGUAUUCGUCGCCGCCGUAACAAUGACCUUCGUCAGCAUCCGCACCCUCGAUGCCCCUCUCGCCGGCUUCGCCCUUAGCUUUGCACUCGACAUGUCGUCCAACAUCACCUGGCUGUUGUCGCAAUAUGCCUCGCUCGAAAUCGACUCGAACGCCGCGGAGCGCAUCGUCGAGUACACACAACUAGAGCAGGAGCCGCAAUCUGGCACCGAUGUCCCGGCUGGCUGGCCGAAUAGGGGUGAGGUUGAGGUUACGGACCUGACUGUUGCGUAUUCACCGGACCUCCCUCCUGUCCUUAAAAAUCUGAACUUCGUUAUCCCUGCUGGUCAGCGCGUGGGUGUUGUUGGACGGACGGGUGCCGGCAAGUCGAGUUUCGCGAUGACGCUGCUCCGAUGUCUGGAUGUCAGAACGGGAAGCAUUCACAUUGAUGGCGUUGAUAUUGCGGGUAUCAGACUACGUGAUCUGCGUGAGCGCGUGGGCCUCAUCUCGCAAGACCCGGUUGUGUUUGCGGGAAGUGUACGGCAGGUCCUUGAUCCAUUUAAUCAACAUGACGACCGCGAGCUGCUCGUCGCGCUGGAGAAAGUCGGGCUGUCUUCUCCUGCUCAGCCAUUCCUAAUCGAGGACACUGACACUGACACCACUCCAUCCACUCUCUCCUUAACAACCCCCAUAGCAAGCAGCGGCAAAAACCUCUCCCAAGGCCAACGCCAACUCCUCUGCCUCGCGCGCGCACUCGUAUCCCGCCCAAAGACUCUGAUAAUGGACGAAGCAACCGCAAGCAUCGACAUGGAGUCCGACCAGCGGAUCCAGCGCGCGCUACGGGAGGAAGUUUCGGCGUGGGGGUGUACCUUGAUUGUCAUUGCGCACCGGCUGAGUACAAUUGCGGACUUUGAUUGCGUGGUUGUACUUGAGAGGGGUGAGGUUGUGGAGAUGGGUGCUCCGAGGGAUUUAAUGGGAAUUGUGGAUGGGGUGUUUCGGGGGAUGGUGAUGGGGUCUGGUGAGCGGGGGGUGGUGGAGGGGGUGUUUUUUGGGGACGGUAAGUAA